AUGCCUCCGUCCUGGAUACGCCGAAUUUUUCGUUUCUUCCGAAACGAGUCUGGCACCAGCAACGACGAGGAUGCCACAAGUAACGAAAGCAGCCCUAGCAUCCAAAGUCCCGGUCAAAGAGACUCCACCGACGAUGACGACGAAGGCUUUGGGAUGCAUGUUUUUGUCGACAAGCCUGCCAACGAAUCUGGGGUUAUCGAUCUUGUUGCCUUACAUGGCCUGAAUGGCCAUUACAGUAACACGUGGACCGCGACUAGCCCCGUGGAUGGAAGACAGGUGAAUUGGCUCAAUGAUCUCCUGCCCGGAGUUCUUCCCAAUGCGCGAGUAAUGUCCUUCAGGUACAACUCCAUCGUUCAAUUCAGUAAAGGAACAGCUGGUAUCAGCGGAUUCACUGAGCAGCUGCUGGAAGCGGUGAUGGCAUGGCGGACGCCACCAGAGGAGAAAAGGCGGCCGGUAAUUUUCAUCUGCCACAGCCUAGGGGGAAUCGUCUUCAAGCAGGCCGUCGUGAGAGCCCGAGAGCGUGACCGUUUUACAGGGCUGCUGGAAAGUAUUCGAGGUGUCGCGUUUUUCGGUACGCCUCGUCGCGGAUCAUCAGCUGCAAUCUUUGGAGCAAUAUUGGCCUCCAUCUUGAAGGUUUCUACGUUCGGAACCAAUACGAACUCCAAGCUCGUGUCGCAGCUGAAAGAGAACUCGGAAACGUUGUUCGCCAUCAAUUCCUCCUUGGUGGAUCGCAGUAAGAAUUUGGUCAUCACCAGCUUCUGCGAGCUGGAGGAGAUGGACUAA